UGCCCGCCCCUCGGGGCCGCCGGAGAAAGAUGGCGUGGGUGCUGAAGAUGGACGAAGUGAUCGAGUCCGGGCUGGCGCACGACUUCGACGCCAGCCUCUCCGGCAUCGGGCAGGAGCUCGGGGCCGGCGCUUACAGCAUGAGUGAUGUUCUGGCUUUGCCCAUUUUCAAGCAAGAAGAUUCUAGCCUUCCACCUGAUAAUGAUGCAAAACAUCCACCUUUUCAAUAUGUUAUGAGUGCUGCAACAUCUCCUGCUGUCAAACUGCAUGAUGAAACCCUUACUUACUUAAAUCAAGGUCAGUCCUAUGAAAUACGACUAUUAGAUAAUAGAAAAAUGGGAGAUAUGCCAGAGAUUAAUGGAAAACUGGUGAAGAGUAUCAUAAGAGUUGUAUUCCAUGACAGAAGACUGCAAUAUACAGAGCAUCAGCAGCUAGAGGGCUGGAAGUGGAAUCGUCCUGGAGAUAGACUGCUUGAUUUAGAUAUUCCUAUGUCAGUUGGAGUAAUCGAUAUACAGACAAAUCCAAGCCAGCUCAAUGCAGUUGAAUUUCUGUGGGAUCCUGGAAAACGAACAUCUGCCUUUAUUCAGGUACAUUGUAUCAGCACUGAAUUCACACCACGUAAACAUGGAGGUGAAAAAGGAGUUCCUUUUAGGAUUCAGGUUGACACUUUUAAGCAGGCUGAAAAUGAAGAAUAUACUGAUCAUCUGCAUUCAGCUAGCUGCCAAAUUAAAGUUUUUAAGCCGAAAGGGGCAGACAGGAAACAGAAAACAGACAGAGAAAAGAUGGAGAAACGAACUGCCCCUGAAAAAGAAAAAUAUCAGCCUUCAUAUGACACUACAAUUCUCACAGAGAUGAGGCUUGAGCCUAUAAUUGAAGAUGCAGUUGAACAUGAGCAGAAAAAGUCCAGCAAGCGGACUUUGCCAGCAGACUACGGUGAUUCUCUGGCAAAGCGAGGCAGUUGUUCACCAUGGCCUGACACACCUACUGCAUUUGUGAAUAGUAGCCCUACCCCAACUCCGACUUUUUCCUCUACUACACGUACUACUUGCAGUGUCCCAGACAGUAAUUCAUCAUCUCCAAAUCACCAAGGAGAUGCUAUUCCACAAGUGUCUGGAGAGCAACUUCAUCCUUCAGCCACAAUCCAGGAAACCCAACAAUGGUUGCUAAAACAUAGAUUUCCUACUUACACAAGGCUGUUUUCAAAUUUCUCAGGUGCUGAUUUAUUGAAGCUGACAAGAGAAGACCUGGUACAAAUCUGUGGUCCAGCCGAUGGAAUUCGGCUAUACAAUGCACUUAAAUCAAGGUCUGUUAGGCCACGUCUAACAAUUUAUGUAUGCCAGGAGCAAUCAAGGAGCAUACAGCUGGAAAGGCAGCAAGACUCAGGCAGUGCAGAGAGCAGGAAUGGUGCAAUAUACGUUUAUCAUGCAAUCUACUUGGAAGAAAUGGCUGCCUCAGAAGUCACUCGCAAGCUUGCUUUGGUGUUCAAUAUUCCUUUGCAUCAGAUUAAUCAGGUUUACAGACAGGGUCCUACUGGCAUCCAUAUCAUUGUCAGCGAUCAGAUGGUGCAGAACUUUGAAGAUGAGAGUUGCUUCUUAGUUACCACAAUAAAAGAUGAAAAUGGUGACGGCUUCCAUAUAAUUUUGAAGUGAUAUUGCCAUAACUAUGGUGGACUGAUAUUCCAGUAUAGAAUGAAGUCAUGCUCAAGAACGACCAAUUAGCAUCCAAGUCUCUUCAGGGAUCUGACUUCACCGUAUAGAAUGUUUCAUAUUGAAAACACAAGAUGACCUUUCUAAUGAGCCGUUUAGUAGAUGAACUUAUCACUGCCAUAGCCAAAUGUCCUCAUAAGAGGUAUAAACGCCAUGACAGCUUAUGUACAGGCAUGGAAAAAGCAAAGUAAACAAAGGUGUUUGCCCUUUUUGAAAUAAGGCAAGCUAUGGCCAGUAGAUGCAGUUGCUAGAAGCAGUACUGCUUUCCUGUUACACUGUAUCCAGUUUGAAUGUAACUUACUCUGGGCAUUUACCUUUCUGUGCCAGUUUGUCUAUUACUUGCUUGUACCUUAUGCUGAUUUUUUUAUGUUAGCAGAGCACAUAGUAAUUUGUGUGGAGAUAAGUAGUAAAGACGAUAGCAAUCAGGUUUUUGGGUCUUGAAAGUAAAAGCUGUUAAAACAGCAUCCUGUGUAAAGUGUGUAUAAGCGUGAAUGUAAGAAGUGCAAAUGUCAGAGUUGGACUUGGUUAAAGUCCUAGCCAGAUGAAAACUAAGCAUGCAUCAGAAUGCAUAACCAUUCGUACCUACUUGAAAGGAUUGGUAUAAAUCCUGUGAGGUACAAUAUUUUGCUUUGUAAUAGGUUCAUUGAAAAAGAUCUGCCUAUGCAUCAUGUCUUAUAGUUUUUCUAUGAAGGACUGUUGCAGUUCAGGUUUUUCAUUUUUUUAAAAACUACCUUUUUAAAUAAUGAGUUGGGACUGUCUCAUGGA